AUGACAUCAGAUUAUCACUAUACCUACUUCCGAGUCUCCAAGACGGAAGAUCUCACUUGCUUAGCGCAGCGAUACAGAGACCUGCGUCUUCAGGCCCUCAAACUCUCCCCGUCAUCAUUUGCCGCAACCUACGAGUCAGAAGCCCUUCUCACAGACGAAUACUGGGAAUCGCGCCUGUCGCAACCAGGGAGGGAGACAAUUGUUUGCGCGGCACGUCCAGCCGCAAAAUCUAAUGCAUUCAGCGAAGAGGAUCUAGAAUGGGUCGCUCAAUUGACGCUGCUCGGUCCCCGAACCAAAGAGGAGUUCACGCUGCCUGCAACAUCCGGGCAGCCAGAACCAGGCCCGGAUAAUGAGGAAGAGCGGUGGCAGCUUCUCGGUCUCUACACGCUAUCUUCGCAUCGUGGGCGAGGUAUCGCGAAACGACUGUGUGCGGAGGCUAUCAAGUAUCUUGUCGAGUAUCGGGCCGAGCCAAAGAAUGUCCACGUGCGGUUGAUGGUCAAGUGGGGAAUGGAAGCGGCUGUACGGCUGUAUCAGCAACUGGGCUUUGAGGAGGUGGGAAGCUGUACCCUUGCCGAAGCUCUGAUUGCGAACGGUGAAGGGGAUCUCUUGCCGGAGGGGUACGAGGCGCAGGAGAAGUUCUGUGCGCGGAGUGGUCAUGUUAUGCUGCAGUGUUUUACCAGAGAUUAUGUGUAG